AGGUCCCAACAGUUUAGUUUACGCAUUUUUAUUUUUUACAAUUCAUUUCAUUCGUAUCAAUAUUCAAAUGGAUUUCAUACUUGUAAACGAGGCUUAAAAUUUAAAUGUGUAUUGUAAAAGGGCUAACCUCGCUCGAGUCCAGAUCCAUACUCGCCACCGCCAGCGGCAGCUCCCGACGAGGUUUUCCUGACGGAAUGAACUUUACGGCACAAGAAUGAAGAAAAAAGGAGAAAUGAAAAAAGUUAAAAAGGUUAAAGAUAAGGUCAACGAUGGUCAAUAUGAUGAUCCUUGGUGGUGGUUAGUUCAAGAAGGGAUCAGACCCUCCUUCCUUUGUAUAUCCCUUUUCGCGCUAUUGGUACGCGUCGCCGUUGGUCUUCACCCAUAUUCCGGUGCCCGUACUCCUCCCAAGUUCGGUGAUUAUGAGGCGCAGAGGCAUUGGAUGGAGAUCACUCUUAAUCUUCCACCAAAAGAUUGGUAUCGCAACAGUAGUGUUAACGAUCUUUCUUAUUGGGGUCUUGAUUAUCCGCCAUUAACUGCUUACCAGAGUUACGUUCAUGGGGUUUUCCUUAAAACCUUCGAUCCCGACUCCGUUGCACUCUUCACUUCACGAGGCUAUGAAUCUUAUCUUGGGAAAUUGCUAAUGAGAUGGACUGUUUUAUCUUCUGAUGUGCUGAUAUUCUUCCCGGCAGUUCUUUAUUUUGUGUUGGUGUAUCGUUCGAUGCGGUUUGGCAUGGGCCAAAACAGCGAUGUAGCUUGGCACAUUGCAAUGAUUCUACUGAACCCAUGCCUGAUCUUAAUCGAUCACGGUCAUUUUCAGUACAAUUGUAUCAGCUUGGGUCUUACCAUAGCUGCCAUUGCUGCAGCACUCUCUCAAAAGGAUCUUGUGGCUUCCGUGCUAUAUUGUCUUGCUCUCAACCAUAAACAGAUGAGUGCAUAUUUUGCACCCGCCUUUUUUGGCUAUCUAUUGGGUAAAUGCCUGAGGAAAAAGAAUCCACUGCUCGAGGUGACAAAACUGGGAUUGAUGGUUAUAGGAACAUUUGCUGUCGUCUGGUGGCCAUAUCUUCAGUCGAAAGAUGCUGCUUUGGCUGUUCUAUCUCGUCUUGCACCAUUUGAGAGAGGGAUAUACGAGGAUUACGUGGCUAAUUUUUGGUGUACCAGUUCAGUGCUUGUGAAAUGGAAAAAGUUAUAUUCUACACAAUCAUUGAGGAUUUUUAGCCUUGCUGCAACCCUUAUAACAUGUCUACCCUCAAUGGUUCAACAAAUCCUUGCUCCGAGCAGUAAGGGUUUUCUCUAUGCGUUGCUUAAUACUUCUUUCUCGUUCUACUUGUUCUCAUUUCAAGUGCAUGAGAAAUCUAUUCUACUUCCGCUUCUGCCUCUUACCCUAUUAGCCCUGGAAGAAAGUCGCUCAAUAUUGUGGUUAACACACUUCGCCAUGUUCUCUAUGUUUCCUCUUCUACACCGGGACAAACUGGUUCUAGCGUAUAUGGCUCUUUAUGCUCUCUUUAUCCUUGUGUAUUUUGCACCCUGUGGGCCAAGUGGAAGAUGCCACGGCACCAAGACUCUCGACAAUACCCAAAAGACCAAGAGAAGUGUGGAUUUCAUUACUUCCAUUACUUUCCACCCGCUUCUAAUGGGCUUUCUUGGUUUGUGCUCUCUGAUUCUGCAUGUUAUUUACCUAACCAUGCAUCCUCCAAAUAAGUAUCCUUUCCUUUUCGAAGCAGUGAUCAUGCUUAUCUGCUUCUCUCAGUUUGUCUUGUUUACUUUUUACUUCAAUUCAAAGCAAUGGAUGUUAUCUAAACACCUAACAUCAAAAGAUAAACAAAAGAAGCUUAUUUGAUUGUGCACUAACAUUAACUUCAUGAGACUGAUUUUUACUGGGAUGUAUCAGCAGAUUGAUUUGUUAGUUCUUGGUUGAUGAUCACGAUUUACAUACAUGCAUGUAUGUAUGCUUUCUUGAUGAAUUGGUUUCGAGUAUACAGAA